GUCGCACGAAGGCCCCAUGGAGGCCGCGGCCCCGCCGGUGAAGCAGGAGGCCCGGGCCGAGGGCCUGGCCCUGGACUCGCCGUGGCACCGCUUCCGCCGCUUCCACCUGGGCGACGCGCCGGGCCCGCGCGAGGCGCUGGGGCUGCUCCGCGCCCUGUGCCGGGACUGGCUGCGGCCCGAGGUGCACACCAAGGAGCAGAUGCUGGAGCUGCUGGUGCUGGAGCAGUUCCUGAACGCGCUGCCCGCCGACACGCAGGCCUGGGUGUGCAGCCGGCGGCCGCAGAGCGGCGAGGAGGCCGUGGCCCUGCUGGAGGAGCGCUGGGGACCAGCGACCUCCCCAGAGCAGUCUUCAGCGACGGGGGCACCUCGGGAUGUGGCAGAAGGCUCUGGGGUCGGUGUUGGAAAGGAGGAGAGUGGGCUGAUUCCCCUAGGAGACACAGCCCCUGGGGCUGAGGUGCCAGCGUCGGGGGACUCCCAGGCCGUGCGCCCCUAUAAGCAGGAGCCUGGCAGUCCCCCAUUGGCUCCGGCGGCUCCUGGCCUGCCCGCCUUCCUGGCAGCCCCGAGCAGUACCUCCUGCCCGGAGUGCGGCAAGACGUCCCUGAAGCCAGCCCAUCUGCUGCGCCACCGGCAGAGCCAUUCCGGCGAGAAGCCGCACGCCUGCCCCGAGUGCGGCAAGGCCUUCCGGCGCAAGGAGCACCUGCGGCGCCACCGCGGCACGCACCCCGGCAGCCCCGGGCCGGCCCUGCGCCCACUGCCUGCGCGCGAGAAGCCCCACGCGUGCUGCGAGUGCGGCAAGACCUUCUACUGGCGCGAGCACCUCGUGCGCCACCGCAAGACGCACUCCGGCGCGCGGCCCUUCGCCUGCUGGGAGUGCGGCAAGGGCUUUGGGCGCCGCGAGCACGUGCUGCGCCACCAACGCAUCCACGGCCGGGCGGCGGCCAGUGCCAGUGUGCAGGCGGCGGCAGCGCCGGGCCCCGAGGGCGGGGGGCCCUUCCCACCCUGGCCCUUGGGGUAGUGGCCCGCACCAGGGGCCACCCCUCCCUCCAGCGCUUUCUCCGCUCAGCCCCCGCCUUUCCCUCUUGUCUGAGCUUGGCUGCGCCUGCUGGCUCUGCCUCAGCCUGUCCUGUCCCUGUCUCACCUCCACCCUCCCUGUUCUCCGUUCCUGGUUUCUCCUAUCCCCACCCUGUGAAGGGUGCCCCCUCCGGGUGGUCUUCUCCCUCCACUCCUCUCUCUCUCUGCCCAGCCUCCCUCCCCCGCAGCCCCGCGCUGGAGAGCUGAGAUGGAGGCCCUGGGCCCCAGCGCGGAGAAGAGGAACUCGGUGAGGGCAGCAGCCCGGGCCCCCUUGGUGAAGCGAGGAUGGCGGAGAGGGGUCUGCAUCUUGUCCCUGUGAACCCCUCCCCCAGGGCAGGUGGGGUCAGGGGAGGGGAGGGGCGUUGCUUCCAGCGCUGGACUGGCCGUGGGCUCUGGGUUUCCCCGUCCUCCCUGUGACCCAGAGACAUGAGAUGGACAGACGUGCCUGCUCGCUGGGGACGAUUCACCAG